AUGAUUUCUAGGUCUAUCUAUCGUUGGAUCACUGUAAUGGAUCUUAAUGUGAUGAAUUUUAAGGAAAUUGUGGACGAAGACACGCCACAUGGUUUACUGAGGGGAAUUAAAUUGGGGACGGAGACUUACCACGUCCUCUUCAUGCGAUUAUGCAGUUAUGCCGGUCUCCAGUGUGUCGAGAUCAAAGGUCAUUCAAAAAGCGUCGGUUACGAACCAGGGAUGAAAAUAAACCCGGAAAGUUUUCAAAAUACCUGGAAUGCUGUGUACAUCGAUGGAGACUGGCGACUCGUCCAGUGUAAUUGGGGCGCAAGACAUCUCGUUCUAAACAAAGACAAAUCUCCCGAGAAAGUCAAUAAACGGGAUCAAAUCCGAUACCAAUAUGACGAACAUUACUUCCUUACUGAUCCAGAUCAAUUCAUUCAAGAGUUCUGGCCGCAUAAUUCAGAAUGGCAGUUAAUCGAGAAGCCCAUUACUCUAGGGGAAUUCGAAGCAAUGCCCUUCGUCCGUUCCGUGUUUUUCCAUUAUCAGAUGACUUUUGAGCGCGUUUUCAAAUCAGAGCUGGAAACUAACGCUAAGGGCGGGGUUGACAUUAAGAUCCGAGUGCCCGAGAAACUAGAAAAUUCGCUUUUGUUCUUUUAUCAAUUGCGAUUAGCCGACAAAGAUAGACGACACGAAACUACUUAUAAAGGCGAUAGCUUAGAACGAUUUGUAUUCCAAACAAUGUUUGACAAUGUAGUUAUCUUCAAUAUCCACGUUCCGACCCCAGGAAAUUACUACUUCGAAAUAUUCGCCAAUAAAAUUGAUGAAUUAACCAAAUUGACAAACGAAGCGAACACACCGAUCCGGCUCAAAUGUGCUAGUAAGUUCAAAAUCACAUGCAAACAGAUGUCCGGUAAAAUGCAUCCACUUCCGAAUUGUGCAUCUGGAGAGUGGGGACCGAAGAAAGCCCUACGCCAUUUUGGCAUCGAGCAGAUCUAUCCAGACAAUAUGGAUAGUCAUGCAGCAGAGCAUUUGAAAGGCGGCCUUCUGGACAUAUACGACCGAACUGAGAUUCAUUUGAAUGUAUCUCGCCCGUUGACAUUUGUUGCUAAGCUUCGAAUGAAUAAAGUUGAAGACAGUAUAUUGGAACCCUAUCUGUCGAUGGUUAACGAUCAUGAUAAAAUUUCGAUCUUCAUCACUCUACCCCAGGCCGGCCAGUACGGCAUUGACCUGUACGCAAGGACAAAAGACAGUCCCGAAACAGCACCCAUUUCACACUGCAGCGUAACUUACCCCAUAUUGCUACGCCCGUUUCACAGGACAAGAAAGAAAACAUGUGGGGACCGACGCAACAUUUUCAUGACUUCAAACUACAGACGGUCUCCCAUCACGAACCGAAGAUCAGUGCAAGAGGUUUGA